UCAGAGAAACAAAAGCACGCAUGCGCGCAUAAGCUCAGUUGCACAUUCUAUUGUUUUUCCACUUGUAUUACAUUUAAAUCAUUAUUUUUGUUACUAAUAAAUAGAAAUGGGUUAAUUAAGUGUUGAGGGUUAUUUAGAAGACAGAUUUUUAUUAAAAGGAGCAAUUCAACAGCUUUAUUACCCUGUUAUGAGCAAAGAGUCAGCGCUCCACUGUAACCAUUCAGAUUUUUUCCACAAAAUUAAGCGCCAAUUUUAAAUAUGCUACUCCUCAAUCGUUUUACAGCCAUUUCACGAAAAUUGCACUCAGUUUUUCAAACAAAAGUGGCUUUCCAUCUCUCACACCGACUAAGAGGAGAAGAUAAUGAUUUAUCUGACGAAAUUUUAAACGAAGACAGAGAGUUUUUGGCGUUUUCCGAAAAUUAUUUAAAAUUUGAAGCUGGGAGAAAUUGUUACAUUAUUCAACCGUACAUCAAGUGGGGCCCUCAAAAACUCCAAGGAAUCACCCCAAAUGAACAAUUAGAUGAAGCGAAGGCUUUGAUCAACACUCUCCCUUCUUGGAAUAUACAAGACACAAUUUCUGUUCCUUUAGAAUCAUUUGAGAAAAAAACUCUUUUCAAAUCAGGUUCUUUGGAAAAGCUGCGUCAAAUCAUACGCAGAAAUUCAAGCAUCAACGCUGUUUUCAUUAAUUUAGGGACCCUCAAAAAAGCUCAAAUCUUCUCGUUGGAAAAAGAGUUUGGGGUCCCGAUUUUAGACCGUUAUAAAGUCGUCAUGUACAUAUUAAAACUUCACGCUGUUUCGAAACACGCCAAACUCCAAGUUGCUUUAGCUGAACUUUAUUAUUUACAACGAUCUACAUUUCAUGAAGGCAAUUUUGGUAAAGCUGAACGUGAGAAAGUCAGACUUAUGUUUCAAACACGUGAACAAAAAUUAAAAAAUGCUAUUAAGGAACUUCGGACAGAAAGGGCUUUAUUGAGAAAUAAAAGACAAAAAAUUGAUUUUCCUGUAAUUGCCGUUGUUGGGUACACAAAUGCGGGAAAAACUUCCCUCAUUAAAGCAUUAACAGGGGAAGAGGGUCUUAAGCCCAAAAAUCAGCUAUUUGCGACUUUGGAUGUUACACUUCAUGCGGGGUUGUUGCCAUCAGGGAUGAAAGUUUUAUACGUAGAUACUGUUGGAUUUAUUUCGGAUAUUCCCACAAAUUUAAUUGAAUGUUUUGUCGCUACUCUUGAGGAUGCAGUCUUGGCGGACGUGAUUUUACACGUUGAGGAUAUAUCAAGUUCAUUUUUUGAAUUCAAAAGGAAACAUGUUUUGGAGACUUUGCAAGAUCUAGCUACCAAUGCUGGUACCGGAGACGUUUUAAAUAAAGUCAUUAGUGUAGGAAAUAAAUGUGAUUUAGUACCAAAAGAAUCCGAUUUUGGACUUUUAAAAGUAUCAUCUAAAAAUGACACUGGCCUAGAUAUCCUUAGAAUGAUAUUGGAAAAGACUAUUCUGCAAAAUACCAAUCGGAAAAAAAUUAAAAUUCGAGUUCCUGUUGGCGGUGACGCAAUUAGAUGGUUGUAUAAAAAUUCAACUGUAAUUUCCGAAUGCCCUGACGAAAAAAACCUGGAAUUUGUGAUCGCUGAGGUGAUAAUAACUAAUGGGAAAUUGGAGCAAUUCAAGCACAAAUUUUCGUCAUAAUUUUAUUAAACAAUCAAUAAUUAAGGAAAUAAACAAUCAAAUUCUGAUAUUA